AUGAGGCUUAUGCUCGGCGUGCGGAGCGAGUACCGGCGCUCAGAUUGGUACGACGGCAUGCGCUUCAACCCGUCCAGGGACAACGUUCUCUCGUGCAGAGAUGAGGAUGAACAUGCCAAGCUACGGUCAAAGAUGGUCGCGGGUUACUCUGGCCGUGAGGUCCAGGCCUUUGAGCAAAAGAUUGACGAGAACCUCGUCCGGCUGAUCGAGCUCAUCGAAGGCUACGUUGACGAGAGGAAACCAUUAGAUUUCGGGAGAAAGGCGCAGUUCUUCACGCUGGACGUCAUUUCGGAUCUCGCUUUCGGCGAGCCGUUUGGGUUCGUGGGGUCUGAUUCGGAUAUGUAUGAGUAUAUCAAGACGACGGAGGAGAAUCUGCCUGUGUUUAUGGGCAUGACUGUGGUACCUUGGGUCAUCAGGUUGUUUCGGUAUCCUCUUCUUAGAUCGAUGUUGCCUACGGAGAAGGAUCGGCUGGGUUUUGCAAAGAGAUUCUCCGCCGAACGGUUUGGUCUUGAUGCGAAGGUCCAGAGGGAUAUGCUUGGUUCUUUUGUCGCCCACGGCCUCACGCAAGAGGAAGCUGAGUCCGAGAUCCUGCUUCAGAUCAUUGCCGGCUCCGACACAACAGCAACAGCAAUCCGCGCCACACUCCUCUACAUUAUUACAAACCCCCGCGUCCACAACAAACUCCUGGCAGAGAUCCUCUCUAUGGACGACACCGCCCCUCGCCGCCCCAUCAUCUCCGACGCCGAGGCCCGCAACUUACCCUACCUCCAAGCCGUCAUCAAAGAAGGGCUGCGCAUAUUCCCACCCGUGGCGGGCCUGAUGGCCAAGCAGGCGCCGCCAGAGGGCGACGCAUGGAACGGCGCCUUCAUUCCGGGAGGGACACGCGUCGGGUGGUCUUCGUGGGCCAUGUUUCGCCGGCGAGACAUCUUUGGCGAGGAUGCGGGCGAGUUUAGGCCGGAGAGGUGGCUUGUUGGGGAGGGUGAAGGAGAAGACGAGGAAAAGGAAGAAGAUGGUACGACGCCAGCAGAGAAGAAGCUGCGCGAGAUGGAGGCUACGAUUGAGCUGGUCUUCAGUUAUGGGCGGUAUCAGUGUCUCGGAAGGCCGGUUGCGUUGAUGGAGUUGAAUAAAGUGUUUGUUGAGCUGCUUCGACGAUUUGAACUCACCAUCUGCGAUCCGUUGAAUCCGUGGAAGACUCUCAACUGCGGUAUCCACGCACAGUCUGAGUAUUGGAUCAGGGCCCAGCGAAGAAGGUAG